CAUUCAUUCAUUCAUUCACUUUCAUUCACUUUCAUUCUAUCAAUAUCACUCAUUUAAUCAUGCACUCUUUAACUUCAAUUCUUGCCUACAGCCUGGCUGCUGGGGCUGCCCUUGUUGGCGCUUCUCCUAUUGAUGCCCGCUCCAGUUGCACCUUUACCUCGGCGGCGGCAGUGAAGGCUAGUAAAGCCAGAUGCUCGACCAUCGUUCUUGACAAUAUUGCAGUUCCAGCUGGAACCACCCUGGACUUGACUGGUCUUGCCAGAGGUACUCAUGUCAUUUUCGAAGGAACCACCACUUUCGGAUAUCAAGAAUGGCAUGGACCCUUGAUCUCAAUGAGUGGUCAGGAUAUCACCGUUACCGGCGCCAAUGGCCAUCUCAUCAACUGCAAUGGUGCCCGCUGGUGGGACGGCAAGGGCACCAACGGCAAGGUCAAGCCCAAGUUCUUCUACGCGCAUGGUCUUGACUCCUCCUCCGUCACCGGACUUCAUAUUAAGGACACUCCUUUGAUGGCCUUCAGUAUUGCAGCAAACGACAUCACUCUCACCGAUAUCGUCAUCAACAAUGCCGAUGGCGACACUCUUGGUGGGCAUAACACCGACGCGUUCGAUGUUGGCAACUCCGUCGGAGUCAACAUUAUCAAUCCAACUGUUCACAACCAGGACGACUGUCUGGCAGUCAACUCGGGCGAGAACAUCUACUUCACCGGCGGUACGUGCGUUGGCGGCCACGGUCUUUCCAUUGGCUCCGUUGGCGGGCGAUCCGACAACAUCGUCAAGAACGUCACAAUCGAGCACUCCAGCGUGAUCAACUCCAUGAACGGUGUCCGCAUCAAGACCAUCCAUGGCGCCACUGGCUCCGUUUCCGGCGUCACUUAUUCCAACAUUGCCAUGUCCGGUAUUACCAACUACGGUAUUGUCAUCCAGCAGGACUACGAGGACGGCAAGCCCACCGGCAACCCUACCAACGGCAUUGCUAUCAAAGACAUCACUCUCGACAGGGUGACCGGUACCGUGGACAACAAAGCCACAGAAGUGUAUCUGCUUUGCGGUAGCGGUAGCUGCUCUGAAUGGACUUGGGAGGGUGUCAAGAUCACUGGCGGUAAGAAGUCGAGCGCAUGCAAGAACCAUCCUUCGGUUGCUUCUUGCUAGGUUAUUCAAUGGUUUUCCUCCUGGGGGGGAAUAACAACAUAUAUAUAUAUAUAUAUAUAUAUCGACCUCUUUGCUCCUUUUUCUUGUCGUGUUUUUAAUCACUGUACUGCAUUAUGCAGUUACCAACACAUUAAAACCAUAAUAUCUCUAAUUAAUUCUUUUAUCCCC